UUUGGAGGACGAAGGGCUCGCCCGGGGAGCAGGCCGAGCGCGCAGCGGGCGAGGCUGCCCAUCGGUCGUUGAAAGUAGGCAUGUUUGGUUGGAUUCCCACAUUCCAACCUUUAGGCGCCUUCCCACUUCAGUGAUCGAGUGGCUUCACCUUGUCCGUCCUCCUCAGGGGGCGGGCGGACACCCCAUCUGCUUUCAACGCCCUCCUGCUUCAUGUUUCUACCUGCUUCUUCCGACCGACGGGUGGUGCAUGUCAGUGCCUCUCUGCCGAUCCUUCGGCCGCUUCGUGCUGAGGUCCUCGUCGUUUUUGCUGCCUUGCGUGAGUCGGAUCUUUACGGCUCUGAGUGUACCAGCCAGACGCUGCGAUCCCAGUUCAUCAACAGUCGAAGCAGGCUCAGCCCCCCUGCCGCCCUGGCCUGGGGACAUCACAAGGGUAGAGGGGCACCCUCUCCUCUGCUGCUGGCCCUGGCCGCCCCCGCUGGCUGGCCCGCGGCGUCCCCGCCGGUGCUGCCCGGCGCACGGCCGCUCGCUCGAGCGGGCCGAGAGGCCGCCGCGGGCGGGGCCGAGGCCUCCGCGAGAGGCCCCCCCCGCGAGAGGCCUCCGCGGCGUGCCGGGGGGCCCGAGGCCGCCGCAGGGCCGAGGCCG